CACUGUACCUUAUCAGUGUCAGUCAGCCAGCGUCUGGAUUUUUUAUCAAUUCAUUAUUUUAGUCAGUGACAGUGACAUUGGCAAGGAAUCAGGAAGGGCAAACUGAUUUUGAAUAAAAAUAACAAUAGAUCAAUUAAUUAGAAAGAUAAAUAGAAAGCAGCCAAAAUGAGUAUGAUUGGAAAUUUAUUGAAGCAGCUGAAAAGCAAGGAGUUUAGGCAAUAUUUAAUGAGCACCCAUUUCUGGGGUCCUGUAGCCAAUUGGGGAAUACCUCUAGCAGCCCUCGCAGAUAUACAAAAAGACCCCAGCUUUAUUAGUGGCAAAAUGACACUCGCUCUGUCGCUGUACUCGCUGAUGUUUAUGCGGUUCGCGUGGAAGGUGCAACCUCGCAACAUGCUCCUAUUCGCCUGCCACGUCACCAACGAGGCUGCCCAGCUCACACAGGGAGCUCGAUUCAUCAACUACCACUAUCUACAAGAUAGGAAAAAUGACCCAAAGCCCUGUGCCACUACUCAGGCAGCUCCGAUCACACCUGCCAGUCCAAUCCCCAAGGCUAGUAAACCGGUUGCCUCUUAAUUUUAGAAGGAUUUUAAAAUGGGAACUAAUCACUCAUAGUGAGUGGUUUAGAUAUAGAUAGACAAUUUCAAGGAAAAGAUCAUGGAUUUAUUUUUAAUUUAGUUGUUUAUGGAUAGGUGAAUCUUAUUGACAUUUGUGCAGCUUUUUGAAUUUGGAAAAGUGUUUUGCGCAAAUGUCUGGCAAUCUCAAACCGUGUUGUUUGUGCAGCUCAAUAAUCAUAAAAGAUUUAUAGAAAAUUUUGUUCAUAGACAAAGUAUAGAUUUGAUUUUUUUAGAAUAAACUUUAUUAGUCUUUUUAAACAGUAAAACUGUAGUUAUCUAAUUCAAUUAAGGAAUUUUUAACUUCUCCAAAUCACACAAAUUAGAUAGAUUUUAAAUAGUAGUUUGUAGUGUAGAUUAUUAGGGAAAUAUUUAUGUAUAAUCUUUGAUUUUUUUAUCGAAUUGUAGGGCUUUAAAAGCAUUGCUUUAUUUAUUUAAUACAUAGUUUUACAUUGAUUUAGUUCUUUACAUUGAUAUGGUAACAUUUGUGAUAUUCUGCGCACAAUUUAUAAAAAAUCGAAAUGAACAUAUUUCCGAGUAAGAUAUUAAGCUGAUAUCAGACGCUUCAUUUUAUUAGAAAUAAAAUGUCUAAAUAUAAAAUUAACCACGAAUGCUGAAUUAAUUAGUGAAACAAUCCAAUGAUGUUGAAUAUUGUAUUGGCAUCUUUCGUUGGAGUGAACCAUCUGAUAUCAGCUUUAGAUAAACUAAAAUCAAUAUCAAUAAAAAAAAAAAAACAGUUAGAACUGUGUCAGAGAAUAGUAGUUCCAGUUUUCUUUGUUAUAUUAUAUUUUGAAGCAAAAUUAACAUAAAUAAUGAAUAGUUUUAUAUUUUUCUGAUCAUAAAUUGAUGAGUGUUAAAUAUGGCAGUAUACUCUGUGUUGUUUUUAUAUUUUUAUCUUAUAAUUUUACCCAAACAAUCAAAAAACAUGAAACGAAAUGUCAUUAAAUGACUUAAUUCAACUUUAACUAAAAAAUAAGUUUGUUAUACACAUUGAGGUAUUCGAAUUUCAAAUUAUUUAUAAAACAUGGCUGUCAUUUGUUUUAUUAUAUUCUUAGUGAAAUGCCUGUUUGCCUAAUAAUAUAAUCAGGGCUGGUCAACCCAAAAUCUGCCCUAAUUAUUUAGCUUAGAGAAAUCAAUUUUCCAGUGGUUCCAAAAACUACUUAUCUAUGAAUCUUGACAUUUGUGAUCUAUGAUUUGUUAAGGCGCCAUCAGCCUUAUAUUGUAGAAAUAAGUAAGUAGGUUGUACAAACUGUAGAAUAUAAUGUUAUCAUUAUACAAGGGUAUAUUUUUUAAAUAUUUAUUGUGAAUUUUAUUAUAUUAUACUUGUUGAA